GGAACAGUUUCUGCUUCGAAAAGGCAAGCCUCAUCUUCUCGUGCGGUCUUUCUAAUUUACACCGUUUUCCGUGGGCUUUCUUACCUCCCUUUUUCUACCUCCGUAUCUACAAAUACCCCCCCCCCCCCCCGUUGUAUUAUUCGCGGCAUUCUUAUCAUCCGAUUUACUACCUUCACACGCACGCACGCACAACCAACCCUCCCGAGCCUCAGAAGUCGGUGGGGUGUUUCUAGAAUGAAGAAUUAUGGGGCUCUUUGACAGAGGUGUUCAGAUGCUUUUAACCACGGUUGGUGCUUUCGCUGCCUUCAGCCUGAUGACCAUAGCUGUGGGAACCGACUACUGGCUCUAUUCCAGAGGGGUUUGCAAGACUAAAAGUGUCAGUGAAAACGAAACCAGCAAAAAGAACGAGGAAGUCAUGACCCAUUCUGGAUUAUGGAGAACCUGCUGCCUGGAAGGGAAUUUUAAAGGUCUCUGUAAGCAAAUCGAUCACUUCCCCGAAGAUACAGAUUACGAAGCCGACACAGCAGAAUAUUUCCUCCGGGCUGUAAGGGCCUCUAGUAUUUUCCCAAUCCUGAGUGUGAUUCUGCUUUUCAUGGGUGGACUCUGCAUUGCAGCCAGCGAGUUCUAUAAAACCCGACACAACAUCAUCCUGAGUGCUGGCAUCUUCUUCGUGUCUGCAGGCCUGAGUAAUAUAAUCGGCAUCAUCGUGUACAUAUCAGCCAACGCCGGAGACCCCUCGAAGAGCGACUCCAAGAAGAACAGCUACUCCUACGGCUGGUCCUUCUACUUCGGGGCCCUGUCCUUCAUCAUCGCCGAGAUGGUGGGGGUGCUGGCCGUCCACAUGUUCAUCGACCGGCACAAACAGCUACGGGCCAGCGUGAGGGCCACGGACUACCUCCAGUCCUCCGCCAUCACCCGUAUCCCCAGUUACCGCUACCGUUACCAGAGGCGCAGCCGGUCCAGUUCCCGCUCCACCGAGCCUUCCCACUCCCGGGACGCCUCGCCCGUGGGGAUCAAAGGGUUCAACACCCUCCCGUCCACGGAGAUCUCAAUGUACACCCUGACCAGGGACCCCCUGAAGGCCGCCUCCACCCCCACCGCUACCUACAAUUCCGACAGGGAUAACAGCUUCCUCCAGGUUCACAACUGUAUCCAGAAAGAGAACAAGGACUCUCUCCACACCAACACAGCCAACCGCCGGACCACCCCCGUAUGAAGCCGUCGACGAGGGCCGAAAAAGCGGGGUGGGGGCACGCGGCGGG